AUGCUCGCUAUGGCAACAGGUGGUGAUGAUGAAUAUUUUGCUCAACGUGUUCUACGCUUAACUGACAUUCCAAAAGAACCUAUGGAUUUUCUUAUGCCUAUCAGUGGUUACGAAGAAAUGCCCAUUGUUUCACUUGAAGAAGCAGUUGAAACGCUCGUUCCUAUACUACCAGCAGUGAAAAGUUUUGCACGUGCGGCCAAAAAGCAAUGCAAGAAGCCGGCUGAUAAUUUGACACAAGAUGAAUCAGCUUCGAUCAUGCUCUAUUCAAUGGGAUGGGAACCAUUGGAUAAAUGUCUUUAUUGCGCUUUGAAUGCUACUCUACGAUCGAAAAAUCGAUCAAAUCUUAAGCCAUGGUUUCUCUUUCUUCGUCUUUUUCUUGGAGCAUUAUUUCGCCUUCCACCAAUUCCUCACCUAACGGUGUUUCGAGGCGUCAAAUUAGAUUUAAGCAAACAAUUUGAAGAAGACGAAACAUUCAUAUGGUGGGGCUUUUCUUCUUGUACAACUUCCAUCAAAGUUCUUCAAUCAGAACAAUUCUUAGGCAUGGAAGAUGAAGUACUAUUGCUUGCUGCUACUGAGUUUCAAGUGAAAGGUAUUCUCGAUCAAGGUCACGGUCUUCGAACUAUUCAAUUGCAAGAAGUUCAGUCUGAUGAACCAAUGCUCAUCCCAGUGCCAAGUACAAAUGACUCUGUUGAUUUAUCUGCCGGAAAACUGAAAGAUUUGAAAGUGAAAGAUGAUAUCACUGAAUCAAAGAUCAUAUCAAAACAAACAGCUACAACAUCAUCAGCGUCAAUCCCAAAACCAAAAGUCAGUGCAUCUGGUAAUAUUGUUUCACAGUGUGAACCGAAAUUUAACAAAUGGAAACAAAAUGCCAUCACUGUAGCUGGUGGAAAUGGAGAAGGACAUCAAUUAAAUCAACUCAAUAGGCCUGAGGGAAUUUUUAUUGAUAAAAAGAAAAACAUUUUCAUUGCUGAUUAUUAUAAUCAACGUAUUGUUGAAUGGAAACAUAAUGCAAAAGAAGGACAAACUAUUGCAGGUGGAAGUGGCGAAGGAAAUGGAAUGGGUCAAUCGCAUUGGCCAACAGAUGUGAUUGUUGAUCAACAAAAUCAUUCAAUCAUCAUUGCUGAUCAAGGAAACGGACGAGUGAUUCAAUGCAUAAAUCAAAAUCAACAAAUUCUCAUUAACAAUAUUUCUUGUUGGGGCUUGGCAACGGAUAAACAUGGAUUUCUUUAUGUUUCUGAUCGUGCGAAGAAUGAAGUGAGACGAUGGAAAAUGGGUGAAUACAACAACGAAGGAAUUGUAGUUGCAGGUGGGAAUGAAAAAGGAAAUAAACUCAAUCAACUUAAUAUUCCUACUUUUAUAUUUGUUGAUGAAGAUCAAUCUGUUUAUGUAUCAGAUCAAGACAAUCAUCGUGUGAUGAAAUGGAGAAAAUAUGCAAAAGAAGGAACAAUUGUGGCUGGAGGAAAUGGUUGUGGAGAAAAUCUCAAUCAAUUUUCUUUACCUCAAGGAGUGAUUGUUGAUGAUUUGGGUCAAAUCUAUGUUACAGAUUUUGCGAAUGAUCGAGUCAUGCGCUGGUGUGAAGGAAAAGAAGAAGGUGAAAUUAUUGUUGGUGGAAAUGGUGGAGGUAAUCAAUCAAAUCAAUUGAGUCGUCCCUACGGUUUAUCUUUUGAUGACGAAGGAAACCUUUAUGUUGCUGAUUCGCGAAAUCAUCGAAUUCAAAAAUUUGAAAUAAUUUUUUGA